AUGGUUCUGGACCUGCCUGAAGGCUGUGCCACGAGAAAGCGUACAUCCGAAGAUCCGGAGCCGUGCACUUCUGCCACCAAACAGCAUAAACUCUCUCCGGGUGAUAAUGUCGGCAGCUCUAGCAGCUCCAUCGGCAAGGGCAGCAGCGGCAGCGGCAGCCUCAGCCAAUUCUCAGCCAAGGUCAAAAGUGCUUCGCCGCUUUCCAAAGUGCCUAGCACUCUACAAUCAAUGGCCAUCGCCGGGCCUAGCACCAGCACCGCCACCACGACCACCACCACCACCAUCAAACCAAAGGGCCCACCGCCGGGCCUCGCCCAGUGGCUGCAGACGUUCAACGGCUGGUCGAACAGCGAGCGCAUCACCGCCCUCGACUCGCUGGUCACCAGCAAGUUCUGCGAGGUGACGCAGAUGCGCCACCUGCUGGGGCUGAUUGAGCCGCUGAUGCAGCGGGACUUCAUCUCCCUCCUCCCCAAGGAGCUCUCCCUCUACGUCCUCUCCUUCCUCGAGCCGGAGCACCUGCUGCGCGCGGCGCAGGCCUGCCGCUACUGGCGCAUCCUCUGCGAGGACAACCUCCUCUGGCGGGAGAAGUGCCGCGAGGAGGGCCUCCUGGAGGGCACCGAGGCCUUCAGCAGCGUCUUCCGCCAGCGCCACGCCACCUACUCCUAUCCCUCGGUGUCCGACUACAAGCUCGCCUACCUCCGCUACAAGACCAUCGAGCACAACUGGCGCUCGCGCAAGCUCAAGGACGUGCUCUACCUGAAGGGCCACGAGGACCACGUGAUCACCUGUCUGCAGUUCAACCCCGCCUCGAAUAUCAUCGUCAGCGGGUCGGACGACAACACCCUCAAGGUGUGGUCGAGCGUCACCGGGCGCUGUCUGCUGACACUGAUCGGCCACACCGGCGGCGUCUGGUCGUCGCAGCUGUCGCCGGACAAUGUGGUGAUCAGCGGCUCGACGGACCGCUCGCUGCGCGUCUGGGACGCCAUCAGCGGCCGCUGCCUGCACGUCCUCUACGGACACACCAGCACGGUGCGCUGCAUGGCCCUGCACGGCCGGUACGUCGUCUCGGGCAGCCGGGACGCCACCCUCCGUGCCUGGAACAUCCUCACCGGCGCCUGCGAGCACAUUCUGGUCGGCCACCUGGCGGCCGUCCGCUGCGUCCAGUUCAACGGGACGCUCUGCGUCUCGGGCGCCUACGACUUUCUGGUGAAGGUGUGGUCGGUGGCCACGGAGACCUGCCUGUACACGCUGGACGGCCACACGAACCGCGUCUACUCGCUGCAGUUUGACGGCGUGCACAUCGUCUCCGGCUCGCUGGACACCAGCAUCCGCGUCUGGUCGGCGGAGACGGGCAAGCUGCGGCACACCCUGGUGGGCCACCAGUCUCUGACCUCGGGCAUGCAGCUGCGGGGGAACAUUCUGGUGUCGGGCAAUGCGGACUCCACCGUCAAGGUGUGGGACAUCACCACGGGGCAGUGCCUGCAGACGCUCAGCGGCCUCCACAAGCACCAGUCGGCGGUCACCUGUCUGCAGUUCAACUCCAACUUUGUCAUCACCUCCUCGGACGAUGGGACGGUGAAGCUGUGGGACCUGAAGACGGGCGAGUUUAUCCGCAACCUGGUCAGCCUGCCGUCGGGUGGCUCCGGCGGGGUCGUCUGGCGGAUCCGCGCCUCCAGCACGCAGUUGGUCUGUGCGGUCGGCUCGAGAAAUGGCACCGAGGAGACGAAGCUCAUUGUGCUGGACUUUGAGACGGAUGAGGCGAGCUGCUACUACCUGCUGAAGCACUACAACAACGGCGACCAGGUGGUGACCAAUGAGCCCUGUCUCAACUGCACCUGCACCAACAGCAUGCUCAUGUGCUACCUGCGCGUGUGUCCCUUUGUGAAACCGCUCGGCGAGAAGUGCAUCAUCGAGAAGGAGGACGGCGAGUGCUGUCCACGGAUUACCUGUCCCGAUGAUUUCGCCGAGCCAGAGACGACGACGACCGAGGAGCCCACAACGACGACGACCACAACGACUACCGAGUCAACACCGGUGGCCGCUGCCGUUGGCGAUGGCUGCUUCCUCGACGGUCGCUUCUACGAGGAAGGCGCCCAGAUACCCUCCGAGGCGGACAAGCCCUGCGAGCUGUGCUACUGCAUCCAAAACCGGAGCACCUGCGUCCUGCAGGAGUGCCAGCUGAAGGGCGUCACCGGCUGUGAGCCGAUCUACACCAGGAACACCUGCUGUCCAGUCAAGUACAAUUGCU